AUGUCAGACAACUACGCUACGAAGGAAGAAAUCAGGGAGGUUUUUUCCAAGUUGCAACGAAUUCCAGCCAACAAGACGUGUUUUGACUGUCAGAACAAGAAUCCAACUUGGACUUCUGUUCCAUUUGGCAUAUUCUUAUGUUUGAAUUGUUCUUCGAUCCAUAGAAACCUAGGGGUUCAUAUUUCCUUUGUCAAGUCGUCAAGUUUGGAUAAAUGGACAAGAAUCCAACUAAGAGGCAUGAAGCAUGGUGGGAACCAGGCAAUAAAGGAAUACCUAAUCAAAAAUGGUGGCUCAACAAUUUUAAAUAUGGACUCGAAAAAUAAAUAUCAAUCCAAGCUAAUGGUAAGAUACAAAGAUGAGUUACUUAAAAAGGCCAAAAAGGAUGAACUUCAACAUCCAGAUCAUGUUACAACUGACGAAAAUUUAAUUGAUUUAUCUGCAAAUUCUCUCACUGAUUUGAAUAAUGGAAGCAAUUUAGAUCUUAAUAAUAGUGCGUCAAGUACUGACGAUUUCUUUUCCAACUUUGAAAAACCAAUUGUUUCCAAUUUUUCUACUCCAUCGUCAAGAUCUCCGACCCCUCAACCUUCAAUUGCAAAUAAGAAUAACAACAGCACUUCAAGUUUAUCUCUUAAAAAAAACAAUUCCAGCUCUAACAUAACCAGUAAACCAAUAACUACAACAUCCCGUCCAACGAUUCGUAGACAGGUCAUAAGAAAUUCUUCAACACCAAAUGCUACUAAAAAAACUAAUGUUAUAUCAUCCAGCAAUCUUAACCGUAAUAGAAAGCUCAAAUUAGGUGCUAAAAAGCUAUCCAAUAACGAAAUUAAUUUUGAUGAUGUUGAAAGAGCUGCUAAGAAAGAAGCAGAAGAAAUCUCUAAAUUAGGUUAUAAUCCAAACAACGAUUUGUAUAUAACUGAUUCACACUCACCCUCAUCAAAAUCAAAUGCCUUUGAUUCUAAAAAAGAAUAUUCUUCUUUUGGCAGCAAUAGUUUCAAAAGUAGUGAAACCACUAAUGAUUAUGGCAGCAAAAGCUACAGUAAUCCUUCGAAUUCCGUUGAUAAAGUUACACCAAAAUUUGCCAAAUUGGGUUUCGGUAUGACUGCAUCAAAUGUUACAUCAUCCCCUGAUAGUAGAAAUAAACCAAGCACCGACUCAGUUAAAUAUACAGGAGAUGUCAAGGAAAAAUAUGGGAAUCAAAGAGCCAUAUCUUCUGAUGAAUUCUUUGGCAGAAAAACAUUUGAUCCCGAACUACAACAAGAGGCUAAAACAAAAUUGCAAUCUUUCAACAAUGCGACUUCGAUUUCUUCUUCGUCAUAUUUCGGUGAAGAUGAAGAGCAAAAUAACUUUAAUAGAAAUGAUUACGGUGGUGUAGAGGCAACUGCAAGAGACAUUGCCAAUAGAUUUACAGGAAAUGCUAAUGAAGACAUUCAAGUGUUGAAGGAUGCUGCCGAACAGGCUACUCAGAAAUUAGCCGGUUAUUUACGUGAUUAUCUUCGUUAA